AUGGACAAGGUAUUUGCCACCCCAACAGAUUUCAGAAAGUGUAACAGAAGGCCCCAGGGUUUGUACAAGAUGCCGCCGGCAAGGAGAAAGGUUGCUGCCUGCAAAAAUGCCUCCAAUACAAGAAGACGGAUAUCCUCUUCCUCUUCCUCAUCCUCUCCUGAAAGGCAAAGAAUGCCCACUCCACCACCAUCCCCUGCCAGAGAACCCACUCCACCGCCGCCUCCACAACCACCAAGGGCUUUGGAAACCCUUGCUGCCCUGCAUCCAAAUCAACCACUGGAACACGCCAUUCUGUCUAGAUUGGCAAAAGAAGGCACAAGCUGGGAGAUGGAUGAUCAAGGAAAUCCUUUGGGAUUUGCAGCAAACGCGUUGCAGACGCCUGAUCUAAAUUUGUGGCUCUAUUUCGUCUGCUACAAUCUGAUGCCAACAUCCUACACCGCAAAAGUCACCUAUGAGAUGGCUCUGCUACUGUAUGCCAUUGUCACGGACACACCAUUUGAUGCAGCCUCGGUCAUCCGAGAUCAACUCACCAGAUGCAUCACUGAUCCAAAGGUAAAGAGCUGGUAUUUUCCAGUUAUGAUCACCAUGCUGUGCCAGAGGGCAGGGGUGACCUUCCUACACACAGAAGCAGAGAGCAGCUUGCAGCAACCAUUGAGGAUGCAUAAGUUGGACCAGAAACCCCCAGGUGCCUCAUCCUCAGGACAAGCAAUAUCCACUCCCACUCCAGCUGGACAAUUGAGGCAGAGAGAUUUCAACAAGCAGACCAGGUUCAUCCUGGAUUAUGUCCACCAAUGCCAAAUGAGGAUGGAGAAAUUCCUACAGGAAAUGCACAAGUGCAUUGGAUGUCCUGAAAAUUACCCGAUGCCGCAUGAUCCACCAGUCCAUCCACUCCAUGGCAUGCCUCAAUGA